UUGAUGAAGAACGUUGCACUUCGAUAUUUGGAGUCUUUGGACGCUGAGGAUACUUCACCUCGAUUCCCACUUCAACCUUCACUUAAAUAUAAUGCCUCACCGUCUCCACUCAAGUCCAAAGGUGGAGAAGAUCUCGACCGGUUGGAAAGAGAGAUGUCUUCAAACGUAGGAGGAGGAAAUGGUCUGCCAUCCAGAACUGGGUUGAUUCGUACUAGAUUUGAAUCUCCAUCAGCCACUGUUUCUUCAUUUAAAAGCCCUAGAGCUCAAAGCCCAGGAAUUGUUCCUGAAUCCAAUACUCCUACCAGAGCAGGUAUCAAUGAAAAACCAGCAUGGAUGCGUGCACUUGCCAAUAAGAACGCUAAGCUUUCACCAUUGAAACAACAAAUUGGAUCAGCUACAUCAAAUGAUUCCACAUCCAUUUCACAACCAUCUUCUCCAACAAAGGGGAACCAAGGAUAUGAAUAUCUUUGUCGAGUGCAAGCCAUUAAAAACUGGAUGGAAAAAAUCUUGCAAGAAGAAAUCACUCAAACCCCAGCAGAAUUAAUUUCAUACAUUAGAAAUGGGAUUCAUCUUGCUAAACUUUCAAACUUGGUACUCCCAACCACCCGGAAAGUGUUUACCAAUGAUUCAAAAUUACAAUUCAAACAUACAGAGAAUAUUAAUCGGUUUUUCCAACUCUUAGAUUAUAUGAAUGUUCCAGAUUUAUUCAGGUUUGAACUUACAGACUUGUACGAUGCAAAGAAUGUUCCUAAAGUUUGGUUUUGUUUACAUGCAUUGAGUUAUACCUUAUCCAAGUCUGAUCCAAGUUUACCGCAAAUGGAGGAUUUGGUGGGAACAGAACAAUUCUCUGACGAAGAUAUCAAGACUGCUACUAGAGCUUUAAUUGGAGCUGGAUUGCCAAACUUUGCCAAUGCAAGCAGCACCGGUAAUGGGGAAAGUAGUUAUUUUAACCGAGCACUUUCCCCCACCAAAUUAACCGAUUUAAGAAGACCAAGUAUGAGUUCUUCCACCACAACAAAGGAACAAGAAUCUCCAAGAGUAGUUCAACCACCACCAGUGGAAAUUACCGUACAAGCACCACCAGAGGAAGAAGAUCCUUUUAGAGAGGCUAGUCCAGUGUCUCCGCCACCAGAGGUUUUGGAAUAUACCAUCCCAGAACCACCCACCACUGUAGCCAAGGACAGUACAUUUUAUACCCCAGAAAUCGAUGAACAAUUAUCAAAUAUUGUGAAAAUUCAAUCUUUAGUUAGAGGAUCUAACUUUAGAUACAGAAUGUUUGUUGAUAGAAUCAUGUUAAGAUCCUUUGGUGAUGAAUUGAAUGAACUUGUGUCUAUCAUUAGAGGUAAUUUAUCAAGAAAUGUAACAAUUCAUGAACAUAGAACCGAAUUAUUAUUUUUCAAAGAUGAUAUCAUUCAAUUGCAGGCCGCAGCUAGAAGAAAGUUGAGUAGUAGAAGAAGAAUUCAAUUUGAUGGUAAGACUGAUGAACAAUAUUCUACUUUAAGAUUACAAUCACUCUAUCGUGCAAAGCAAAUCAGAGACUCUUACAUUGAUACCAGAAUAAAAUUAAGUAAGAACCAAGACGGAGUUCUUGCAUUACAAUCAUUGAUUAGAAGAAACAAAAUUUAUCAAAAGAGUAAAGUUGUUCUCGAGAACAAGAAUACUAUUGAAUCUUCACUUGUCGAGUUACAAUCUGCUGCAAGACGUACUUUGUACAAGAGAUUAAAGAAUACUACAGUUAUCAAGAAUUCAGCCAUUAGUGGCAACCUUGUUCGAUUCCAAUCGAUUAUUCGUGGAGCAAAGGUUAGAAAUAAUGUUAGUAAGACUAGAAUUAGGGUGUUUAAAUCACUUAAACAAAUCCAUGAACUUCAAAGUAUCGCAAGAGGUGCCAUUUCUAGAACCAAAUUAUGCAAUAGUGUGUUAAUCACGUUGAUAGACGAAGAUUGGGCAUUCAAUGAACUUUUCGCAAAGGUUAGAGGUAAUGCUGUUAGAAGAGAAGUUUCUCAUAAGAAGGCUGUCUUAAAUGAAGUGGAAACGAGUCUGAUUAUUCCGAUUCAAUCAGCUUUCAGAGGAAUUUUCGUAAGAUUUGAAAAGGAGGUCACUAUGGAAGAUUUAUACGAAAAUAUUCACCAGUUAAUUGAAUUACAAUCUAUUACUCGUGCUCAAAAGGUUCGUUCCCAACUCGAAGGCAUUGAUAGUUACUACAAGCUGCAUAUUGAUCAGGUUAUCAAGGCACAAGCGAUUAUCAAGAGUAACUUUACUCAAAGGGCAUAUAAAUCAUUAAUUAAUAUGAAGAACCCACCACUUUCCGUCAUCAAGAGAUUUGCAUACUUAUUGACCGAUAAUGAUGUUGAUUAUAGAGAAGAGAUGUCAUUAGCAGAAUUGAAAGAUCAAAUAAUUGAAACUUCCAAGAGUAAUGAAGAAUUAGAACAACAAAUCGAAAACUUGGAUAUUAAGUUGAGUCUUUUAGAUAAAAACAAGAUUUCUGUCGAAGAAUUUUUGAGACAUAAGAACAAAUAUAAAACAUAUAGACCAUCUGGAAGUGAAAAUGGAGGGAUCACAUCAAGUGGACUCUCUAUCAACGAUCAAAACUUGGAGAAAUCUUCCAGAGAUAGACUUGAAUUGUACCAAUCAAUGUUUUACUUGUUACAAACAAAUCCAAUUUACUUUUUGAGGUUGUUAGUUACCGAAAGAGAUGAAGGGAGUGACCAACUACCAGCAUUAUGUGGAUUGAUAUCUGAGAUGUUCCCUAUCAAGAAUUCAGCCAUUGACCAUCAUUCAAGAGAAGAAUACUUUUUGGUUAAGUUUAUUUGCAGCAUUAUGAAGAACGAUAUUGAACAAACAUGUCGUAACAUUAGUGAUAUUACAAAGUCUCAACAUGUACUUUGGUUAGAUUUCUUCUUGAGAUUUAACAACCAUACAUACCAACGUCAACACUUGAAGGGGAUUAUUGGUAGAAUUGUCACUGAGGUUGUUGAAGAAGAACAUGUUGACUUUGAAUCUGAUCCGUCCGAGAUCCAUCGUAGAAUCCGUGAACGAGAAAUCAAGGUCCAUGGAAGUAGUAACCGUGAAGCAUCUUUGGCUCCACAGGUUGCAAUCAAGGAUCCAGAAGUAUCAGGAAAAUUUGUUGAAAACCUUAUGGCACUUAGAGAAUUUACAACUGAUACUUUGGAUUUAUUGGGAAAGAAUAUACAUAGGAUUCCACUCCAUAUUAAGAUCAUCUCGCGUCAUGCAUAUGAACUCUCAAGGCUCCAAUAUCCCGAUAAGAGCGACAACCAACAUUUGGCAGUAGCUGGUGUUAUCCUUGCUAAGCAUUAUGUGGCAGCAAUUUUCUCCUAUCCUGAAAAUUAUGGCAUUGCAAUUAGCUACUCUGGACAAAAUUAUGAAACACCUGCUACACGUCGUACUCGUGAGAAUUUGAAGCAUUUGGGAAGAGUCUUACUUCAAGCAUUUUCUCUCAAGCCUUUCAGUGAUAAUUUCUUGAAACCAUUGAAUGAAUACCUUGGAUCAAAUGUGGAUACUGUCAGUUCCAUAAUUAAGAGAGUGAUUGACGUUCAAGUUAUGGAAACUGAGUACGAUUUGAAUCAAUAUGAUGAUGUGAUUGCUCAUGAAAGACCAAGACUCACUUUAAAGGUUAGUGAUAUGCUUCAACUUGCCAAGUUAAUUCGUGGAAAUUUGGAAGUUGUUGCUCCAAGUGUAGAUGAUCAGCUUCAUGCAAUUGCCACAAAGAUUGAUGAUUUGGCCGAUUCCGCCAGAGAUUUCGUCGCACUUGCAGAAUUAGGAAGAGUAACAUUAUCUCUCAACCCAACAACUCAAGAAGAAUCUGUUCAUGACUCCAAGACCAGAGUAUUAUUUGCCCAGGCAAAGAGAAGUGUGUUAUAUAUAAUCCGUAUUCAAGAUGGUCGCGGAUUACUUGAACUUCUUAUUUCAGGAAUUGGUCCUCAACAUGAAGCCAAAUUCCGUGAAAUUGUUUCUCAAGAAAGACGUGAAGCUGAAGAAUCUAUCGAUAAUCAAACCAAGAAGCCAUACUAUAAGACAUCUUUGGGUGACCUCUCCACAAUCAGCUAUCGUGACUUAAAGAAGAUGGCUCUUGAGAUUAUUCUCAGAUUAGAAAAGGCCAACCAGCUCACUCGUAAGAAUUCAUUCCAAGAUCUCUUGAAUGAAAUUGCAGUUGAUAUCAAGACUAAACACUCAAGAAGAAUUAGUCGGAAAUCACACAUGGAAAUUGCUGAAGCUUCAAGCAGUAAGCUCAAGAGAAAGGAACAAUUCUUGAAGAAACAAUUAGCGGACUAUAACAGACAUGUCGAAGAAGUCCUUUCUCAGUUACAACUGAAACCAAAGGACAGAAAGAUCUUCAGUAUUAUCCCGGUUUUCAGUAAGCAAUACUUCUAUCAUAGAGAGCUCAGGAAGAAUAACAGACUCCCAAAGUUUGGAAGUUACAAAUACUCAGCUAAGAAGUUGAUGGAUCAAGGGAUCUUGAAAGAUUUUUCAGGAAUUGUUGGUCAGAAGUACGCAUCUUCAUCCAAGUUAGACUUUAUGUUUAGUUGUCAUGAAGCUGGUAAAUUUUCCAUUGAAGCCGCCUCUGGAUCUGUAAAUAUCCCCGGUGCUUACAAUACUGUUUCCCUUGAUGAACUUUUGAACUUACAGUACGAAAGUAAACCAACUUUGGAACUCUUUGAUGGUGUUGUUUCAUUUGACACCCAGAAUUUGAUGGGUUUUAUCUUUAGAAAGUUUUAUGAUGUUAAAAGGGAGUAG